CCUCCAUUUGACAGUUGGUGAUAACUACGCGUACAAACUCACCUACACUAUACCACAAUUGCCUUGAUAGAGAAAAUAAUUUGUACAAAAAUGCAGGCACCGUCUCGCUCUUGGCAUCCCAUCGCCCAGCCCAUCCAUCGCCAUCUCCGGUCCGCACCCACCACCACACAACAGGGCUUCGGAUGAGCUUCGGCCAAGUGUCAGCGCCAGCCUGCUUUUCUCACAAAAACUCCUAUUCUUCCGUUCCUAGCUCACCACCAACGAGGCUCUUGAACCCCACGCUUAUGCCCCCGCCCUUGGACCCAAACAUGAGCCCAUCAACGGGUUGUCCCCCCCUCCAGUCUAGCUAGCCUGAACGGAAGAACCAAUACGCCCCCCUGCCUUGGAGAGCGCUCACCGCACUGCUACCGCUCGGAGGAACACACUACCAAGGACCCAACCAUGACCAAAUCUGGGGUAAUUCAUACAUUGCGACGGCGCUCGCUCUAGACUGCUCCAAAAAGCUGCUCCCCCACAACCGCCAUCGGUUCCCACGCGCUCCGCUCCGGAGAAUAUGGAGUCUUAAAUAUCUUCCAAAUCCCCGUUCCUUCCCCGGACUUUGUGUUUUCCAACUUGUCCCCUUUCCCAUUGCCUGUUCAACGUUGCAUUAGGCUCGACCAACCUCUAAACGACCUGCUUGAACAAGAAAUCUACAGACUCCACUGCGACAAUGUCGUCUUCAGAUCUAACCCGUCUCCACACUCAUGACUUGGAACUCGGUGUUACCGAAGUUGUCCAGCGUCAUGUCGCCAGACACGUCGUCGCCCCGAAACCCGUCUCCCAGCGAAAGCUAGAUUUCGAACAUGCUCGUCCUCGCUGGUUUCGAGAGUGUCUGGCCGAGGCCACAGGCGUCUUCUUCUACACCUUUCCUGGCAUCACAUCAGUAGCUAUGCUUCUGCUCAACGCUGGCAACCCUGCGCUACCGGUUACCGUCUUUGGUAGCUUCUUCCAGACCGGCUGGUGCUUUGGAAUGGGUAUUGCCUUUGCCAUUUUAACCUGCGCUUCGACCUCGGGUGGCCACUUCAACCCUUGCAUAACGAUUGCGCUCGCAUUUUGGCAAGGAUUUCCUUGGAAAAAGGUGCCACAGUACAUUCUAAGUCAAAUCCUGGGCGCCUUCAUUGCUGGUCUCGUGGUUGCAGGCAUGUACUGGACAGAAAUCAAGGCUGUGGAUGCCAAAUUGAUUGCUGCUGGCCACCCGCUUGUUGCCAAUGGAAACCCAGCCAGUAUCUUUUGCACCCUCCCCGGAGCUAACCAAACAAACUUGGGCUACGUCUUCAUGGUCGAGUUCUUUGCGGGUGCUUUCGUCUCCAUUGUCAUUUGGGCUUGCAUUGAUCCUGCCAACCCGUUCGUUUCUCCUUCCGGUGCACCAUUCGCUAUUGGCCUUGCAUACUCUGCCAUCAUCUGGGGUCUGGCUGAUCUGACCCUCAGCUUGAACAUGGCCAAGGACUUGGGUACACGUAUGGUUGGUGCUAUUUUCUACGGAAGAGAAGCUUUCACCUACAUGAAUUACUCACCCAUUGCCAUCUUUGUCAGUAUCCCGGCCACCUUGUUUGGCACGGCCUACUACGAAUUCCUCAUGCGCGACAGCCUGGCUAACAUCAGUGCCGGUCACGCUGACCAUGAAGAGGGCGAAGAUGGCCUCGUACGACACUUGAGCAGAACAGGUGGAUUCAAGGACGGCGAGCUGGAGAGAAUCCGCACCAACAAGAGCCGGGCCGAGAAAUCAGAUUAGAUGAUGAUUAUGAUUCACCAAGACUCAGCAAGCCAAUCUUUACUCCUAUCCCAUUUCCAUGUAUAUAUUGCCUGUGUUGUAAGCCCUGUUGUGCCGAUGACAAAAUCUUCGAGUGUGCAGAAUCAAUUCCAGAUGAUCUCUAUUUCAGAGGCAGAUAAAUAAAGGCGCAAGAGCGAUGCAACAUGGAGUUGUAGUUGACCGAGACUAUUGAGUUUGUAACUGUUGUUAAAAGGGUCUAUUUUACUAUUGCACUAGUAAAUUUAGUUGCUUGCAUACCCG